CUGCGCAUCGCGUUGUCAAACCGAGCACAUGGUUUGUUGUCGAUUGGAACAAGCGGCGACGACGACCAAAAUUCCCCAAUUUUACCGACAGAAAGGUAAAAAGUGUGCAAAGUUGCUUGUGUUACUUUCUUCUGUUGCAAAGUGCGUGUGAUAUUGUGUGUAAAAAGCCCCAUUUAAGCGCUCACAGCAAUGGGUAAAAAGGCAAAAGUAGGAAAGGAUCGGCGGGAUAAGUUCUACAAGCUCGCCAAAGAGUCCGGGUACCGGUCGCGUGCCGCAUUCAAGUUGAUUCAGUUGAACCGACGCUUCGGAUUCUUGCAGCAGUCGCAAGUAUGUCUCGAUCUGUGUGCCGCUCCCGGCGGUUGGAUGCAGGUGGCGAAGCAGAACAUGCCCGUCUCGAGCAUCGUGAUCGGUGUGGAUCUGUACCCGAUCAAGAACGUGCCGGGCUGUAUCAGCCUGAUCGGCGACAUUACGAGCGACAAAACGAAGGCCGAUCUGGCAAAGGAGCUGAAGACGUGGAAAGUGGACGUCGUGCUGAACGAUGGGGCACCGAAUGUGGGUAAAAACUGGCUGCACGAUGCUUACCAGCAGGUCUGUCUGACGCUUAGCGCCGUCAAGCUGGCCACGCAGUUCCUGCGCCCGGGCGGAUGGUUCAUCACGAAGGUGUUCCGCUCGAAGGACUACAACGCGCUGAUCUGGGUGCUGAAGCAGCUGUUCCGCAAGGUGCAUGCGACCAAACCGUCCGCUUCGCGUAAGGAGUCGGCCGAAAUCUUCGUCGUCUGCCAGUACUACAAGGCGCCGGACAAGAUUGAUCCACGCUUUUUGGACUCGAAGUAUGUGUUCGAGGAGCUGGACAUCCAGUCGAAGGACAUUUCGUCGAACAACAUUCUGAAGGAGUUGGAGCGCAAAACGCCCAAAAAACCGAAGGUGGAAGGUUACGACAGCACGGACGUGCGUAAGAUUAUAACCGCGCUGGAGUACAUGCAGAGCGACAAGCCGCUGGCCCUGCUGAGCCGCGUGACAGAAAUUACCUUCACCAAGGCGGACGAAGCAAUUGCAAACCACCCGCGCACCACGACGGAGCUGAAGGAAUGUUGCAAGGAUAUAAAGAUCCUGGGCCGUAAGGAUAUCAAGGAACUGUUGCGCUGGCACAAGCUGCUCAGCCCGGAGUUUACGGAGGCUGGCGAGGACAAAGCGGACGAUAAGAAAAAGAAGGGCGAAGGCGAGGAUGGAGCGAAGGACGACGACGACGAGGAAACGGAUGUGGACGAGGAGAUUGUGGAGUUGAAGCAGAUUGAGAAGGAGAUUGCGACCCUGCAAAAGGAGGAAGAGCGCAGCUCGAAGCGAAUGCGCAAGAAGACCAACAAAGAGCGGGCAAAGCUGAACGAGAAACUGAGCCUGAAGAUGGUCAUCAAGGGCGAUGCCGGCCCGACCGAGCAGGGUGAGGAUAUGGUGUUUUCGCUGAAGGACGUCGGCACCAGGCAGCAGCUGGAGAGCAUCCUCGACCAGGCGCCAGACUUUGUGGUAGAAGAUAAGUCGGAGGAUGAGGGUGCGGAGGAUGGCGAGUACGUGCGGUACGAUCGCGAGACGAAGGGCGAUCUGUUCGAGGAUGAUAAGCUGCUUUCCACCCAGCGAGCCGAUAGCGAUUCCGAGAUAGAUUCCGACUUCGACGAGAAGGGCCUUGCGAUGGAAUCGGACGACGAGGAGCUGAGCUUCGAGGAGGACGAAGAUAUGAAGGAUCCGUCGGACGAUGAGGACCGCAAUCCGCUGAUCACGGAUCUGGACUACCGUAGCAAGGUGGACAAGCGGCUGCACCGGGCACAGCUGUGGUACGAGCAGGAAGCGUUCAAAAAGCACGACCUCCAAGCGAACGACGAGGAGGUGGUGGAUUACGAUCUGGACAAGAUGAUCGAGGCGUACAAGAAGGCGGGCGUGACGGUGCUUGGUACGGAGGGCGCCGAUAACGGCAAGGAGUCGGAACCGCUGGGAAAGAAGGCCCGCCGCCGGUCCAAGCAUGAUGUGAACAAGCUGGACGGCGACGAGUCGAGCGAUAGCAGCAGCUCGUCGGAAGAUGAGGACGAACCACAGAACGCACAGGCAGUGGGCACGAUGGUGCACAAGACGAUAGAGAAGGUGGGUGGCGACAGCGAGGGCGGCUUCGAGAUUGUGUCCUCCGAGAAGGUGCGCAAGCCGAAGAAGAUCAAGCUGAGCGAGGAGGAGCUGGCGCUGGGACAGAUGAUAAUUUCGGGCAAGAAGACGCGCCGCGAUAUCAUCGAUGCGGCGUUCAAUCGGUACAUGUUUAACGAUACCAACCUGCCGGACUGGUUCGUUGCGGACGAGCUGAAAACGAUGCAGCGCCAUCUGCCGGUGCCGGAAGAUGUGGUGGAGAAGUACCGCAAGUCGAAGGACGAGUUCAACGUGCGCACGAUCAAGAAGGUGAUGGAGGCGAAGGCGCGCAAGAAGCGGCACGCGACCAAGCGGCUGGAGAAGAUCAAGAAGAAGGCGGAAACGAUCAUGGAGAACGUGGACAACACCAACCAGGAGAAGAUUCGUCUACUGAAGAAGCUCUACAAAAAGGCCGACGCGAAGAAGAAGGAUGUGACGUACGUGGUGGCGAAGAAGACGGGCGUUAGCGGCAAGAAGGUGCGCCGACCGAAGGGUGUCGAGGGUCGGUUCAAGGUGGUCGAUCCGCGCAUGAAGAAGGAUCGGCGAGCCGAGAUGGCGAAGGAUAAGCGUUCGAAGAAACACGGCAAGGGUCGGGGUAAACCUGCUGCCGGCGGUAAGGGCCGAGGCGGCAAUGCCAAGGCGAAGGCUGGGGGCAGUCGUAAGAAGUAAGGUUAUUUUUUGGUGGGUUAAUUCUAUUGCUAGUGUAGAGCGUGUACACACAAGAAUAGCGAGAGCAAAAAUAGAAAACAAAACACAUCGCUAUAAACACUUAUAAAUAAAUAAUAAAGAUACAUUUAUGGAACAUGAA